GUUGAUACCACGGUACCUGUAUGUCAUCUCCAUAUUUAUACCCUUUAUGGGUAAAUAUUCUCAAAAACAGCUGUUCUGUAGAGAUGUUUACUACAUCUUCUCAAUGUAUUAAACGUUUCACUUCUGUCAACUAUUAAGAUAAUAAACGACAGUAAUGUAGUGCUCAAAAUGAUAAUAGUCGUGUAAUAUAUGUAUAUAUAAAAGUAUAUAUAAACUGAUUAGUACAUGCGUAAGCUUGGUUACCUGUAGAAUUAGUAGUAAUAAUCAUGGCUCAAUGUAAAUUAACCCCCCGUGAAUUUAUAAGUAACGCAUUUUCACCCCAAAUUGCUGCGGUGUGUUCACCCUUAGCGGAUGCUGUAUGCCAGAAAAAUAAUUUAUCAUUCGUUGAACUUUUGCAACCGUUUUGCAAAUUAAAUACUGAAGGUCAUUUUAAAGAUCCGCAAGGAAAUACAAUAAGCGUUAGAAAUCUCCGUCUUUUUAUACAAGAUGUUAAUGCGCACCCUCCUGAACCAAGUAUUGCUAGAAAAAUGUUGAACGAAGCGGUUAGUUCAACCACAUGCGAACACACAACUACUGUUCGAAUUGGAACAACAGAUCUUGAUAUUCCUGUCUCAGUUCCAUGGUUCGAAGCAUGGAGAGAAAUGUUUUUGAGCGUGCAAUUUCCAUCGGAUCAUGAAUUUACUAAACACUUUCUUGCUUGUAUGAUAGUUGUUUCUACAGCAGAAGAUAAUCCUCUGGAAAAGAUACAAAAUAUGGGUGCACAGUUACAUCAAAGUAUACCUGGAAAAUUACCAAAAUGGUUUAACAAUAAUACGCUUAGAUAUUAUAUCUUGGUACAUGAUACUUUACAGGAUGAUAAGAAUAAAGCUGAAGCAGUGUAUAUAGAAAUGAAAAACAUUUAUGGUGCUAAUAAUUGUUUUCUACUACAAAUGAAUUCGAGACCACCAGGUCAAAUCGACGACAAUACUCAGUUACCAGAUCCUUGGAGUCAGUUUUUAAUAAAACACUCAGAAAUAUCUGGAAGUAGCGAACAGAAUAGUUCCCCUCGAACCCCUGCAGACACUAGCGGUGUUUCUUCAAUGCCAAAUGAAGUAACGACAGAUACCGACAAAAGCCAGGCUGGAACCCCGAUAGCUCCACAGAAUUCUGUAUUGGUUUCUCCAGAUGCAAAUGAUACCAUUAGUUUUUCUUCUGAGGUAUCUGACUCGGCGACUACGCACUUGGAAGUUGGACAAGAAGCUGUGUCUGUAACGAUGCAUCCUUUAAGUCCAACAGUUGACAAGUCGCAAACUUCUCUUGUAUAUAUGAAAGGACAAACAGUUAGUAAUACGCCGAUAAAUGUAAAUGUAUGGGCAGACUCUCCUAGUUAUUUAAUAACGCAGCACGGUGUUAGAUUAUCCACGCAAGAUCUUGAAAGACUAAGAGCACUAAUAACUGAAUUUUGUUUGAAAAGUUUGUUACCUUACGUGGAAAAGCAGAUUGGUUUAUUGAACGAUGUUAUUUCAAAUAAGAAAGGUGUUAGUAGAUCUCUUUUUAGUGCAACGAGACGAUGGUUCGGAACGAAUAAACCUGGAAUACCAGGACCUACUCCAUCGAAUGCUGUAAUUUAUACAACAGAAUCUCCAGAAUUACAGUUGCGUCGCUUAGGUGACUUGUGUUUCAUGUUUGGUCACUAUUCGCUUGCUUACCAAGCGUACCACAGUGCAAAGAGAGACUUUGCAGCAGAUCAAGCUUGGCUUUAUUAUGCAGGUGCUCUUGAAAUGGCUGCUUUGAGUGCGUUUAUGCAAGGUGAAACAAAUAGAAAAACUAUUGAAUAUAUGGACGAUGCAAUACUAACUUAUUCAAAUAGUUGCAAAAUGCCUCAGUUUGCAACAAGAGCAACGCUUCUCAGUGCGGAAUGCUUGAAAGGUAGAAGUUUGUACGGAGAGGCUGCAAAACAGUUAAUUCGCAUGACUAGCGAAGAUUCAGAUUUGCGUUCGGCAUUGCUAUUAGAACAAGCCGCCUAUUGUUUUGUCGGGCCGAAAAUGAUGCGCAAGUACGCGUUUCAUGCUGUCCUUGCUGGUCAUAGAUUCUCAAAAGCAGGUCAAAGAAAGCAUUCGUUAAGAUGUUACCAACAAGCAUACCAGGUAUAUAAUGGAAGAGGUUGGUCAUUAGCUGAAGAUCACAUACACUUCACCAUUGGCAGACAAGCUGCGUCCUUAAAACAAGUCAAUGAAGCAGUUAAAGCAUUUGAAAAAUUAUUGAAUGCUUAUAGCAAACAACCAGCUAUACAACAAGCUGCAUUUUUACGUGAAUUUUUACAUAUCCAUAAUUUACUAUUGCAGGAAGGUUUGUCAAAUCAUGAAGAGCUUCCUAUCUUGCCUUUACCACUAAUAGAUAGUAAUAAUAUUAAAGUAUUGUAUGGUCCUUUAGCCAAAUCAUAUGAAAAUAAUAUUCCAGCAAGUCACGUUUCAUUUGAUAAUGAAGAAUGUGACGAUGUGAGAUGGUCGAAAAUGGAAGAGAUGUUAAUAACAGAAGCUCAGGGAUCUCCUCCUAUGAUAUUUAAACCAACGGUUGCAUUAUAUUCUAAAGCAAGUAAUAACACUGUCAAACCGAAUUCUGUUGUAGACGAACCAGUGCAUUUUUCUAUUGAAUUGUAUAAUCCAUUACAUAUACCGUUGCCAUUAUCUAAUAUGACCUUAUUAUGGUCAUUUACUUGCGGCAAUAAACAAACUACAAAUGAAAUAAAAUCUACAGAAGAUUUUAAGCCGGUGGAAACACAAGUAAUCGAGAAAAUUAUUUUACAACCAGCUUGUAAACAAAACAUUACAUUGUGUCUGAUACCAAAAACAGUAGGAAAAUUAAAAGUAUUAGGUUUAAGCUAUAAUUUAUCUAAUCCGACGCAUGUAAUUGAUCCACCGGUUGUUAAUCCAACGAUUGCGAUUAAUGGAAAAAGAUUGUUUGAAAUUAGAGGUCCUAAAUUAAAGAAUGUUAAAGAGAAACCUGAUACAAAUAUGUAUGGAGUUGAUUAUAGAUUAGAAAUAAAUGUUAUUGAAAAGGCACCUUUCAUGCAGAUCUACUUCAAUAAAUUAAAUUCAGAAAUGUUGUGUGGUGAAAUUCAGAAAUUAGAAGUUACAUUAAAAAAUGUGGGUAAUGCAUCACUGACUAAUGUUUAUGUAGCAUCCACAGAUGCCAAACUUAUUUCACUAGGAGACGAAUAUAUUAAUACUCAAGAAGAACAUACGGUAAAAAGAAGUAAUAGACUUGUAAUUAAAGUCCCAUUAUCAUCUGAUGUAUUAAAUGUUGGAGAAACUCAUACAAUACCAUUGUGGAUUAGAGCACCCGAUGAAAAAGGAAAUCAUCGUUUAGAUUUACUUUUUUACUACGAAAAUAUUGAUUCGAAAAGCAUAAUCAAGCAUCGAGUUUGUAGACACAGCUGGCAUUUCACAGUUUUAGAUUCUAUACAGAUCAGCGCAAUUACCUCGAGAAGUAUAUUAUUGAAAGAUGUCUCACCUACGUUAAAUUUAAUAGUGUGCAUUAAAAAUGCGAAUCAAGUUCAUGAUCCUGUUAUGAAUGAAAUUCUAUUAUCCAAAGUAUUGUUUCAAAGUGUUACGUGGUCCGUAUUCAGUUCAUCUGUUUUGUCAACAGAUAUUAAGAUACAGCCUCAGGAAAUGUUUCAUUUAAUGCUUAAGUUAAGAAAAAAGAAUGAAGGGGAAUUGAAAUUUUCUGAAGUAUCUUUAACUCAGAAAAAUGAUUCCAUGGAGUCAAAUGGGAACUAUCCAUAUAUUAGUUUCAUACAAAGGAGAGAUAUUCCGUCAUUAGAUAUAAAUGAAAAUUUAACCGAGAUGCAACAGCAAUCUCAGCGUUUGCCCCAAAAUGUGGAGCAAUCGCCUUUAUCUGUUACCAUGACAUUAAAUUCCACUUUAAUCCUCAAAUGGCGAGCAAAGAUAAUUGAAGGUGGGAUUAUUACUAGACAAGCAAUUGGUCAACAUCAUCUUGCUAUAGAGUAUUUGGAUAAAACUUACAAACAUCCAAAGGAGAUUCAAGUUGAAACAAACGAAUAUGGUGGACGUUUAAAGAUAUUUGGUCCAGAUAAGAAUAUACUCGAUUAUAUGGCCGUUACACUCAAAGAUCAACAAUUAGAAACAGAAUUCUUGAAGAAUAUCAUUUCCUUUUCUUUCAGUCAUGCUAGACAAAUCACACAUAAUUUCAAUAAAAGUCAAUUGUGCUUUGUUCCAGUAAUAAUGUAUAUACAAAAUCAUUCGGAGUCACAAAUUGAUAUUAAAGUCAGUACAAUAGGAACUACCAGUAAAAACAAUCUUCCAAGGGUAAAAUCACAACUUUAUUCUCCACAAGCUUCUACGUACUACAGAUAUGCUUGUCAUUCGUCAAUUUGUUCUCACAUAGAACCACUUGCUAGUAAUAUUAUAAAAUUACAAGCAGUACUUCCAUCCCCUGGUACAUACGAUUUAGCAGCACGCGUAGAAGUUUCUGUAAGAGUUGUAAAUACUAAAGAAUUCGUCUUACAGAAAUGGAAAAUGGAAAGUAUAUGUAUUGUUAACGGUGAUAGUAAAUAAUUAAAAAUUAUGAAGGUAUUGUAAUUGUUAUUAUUAUUAUUAUUAUUAGGUAACAAAUUUAAUUUAAAAUCAUUCCUUAAUGCUAUGUAAAUAUUUAAUAUUUAUCAGUCUAUUGCUAUCACAUCUUGAUAAAAGUAUAUGUAUUAUUUAAUAUACAUCACAUUAUUUAAUUUUUGUAGAUACCUUAUAAUACAUAUAAGCAGAUUAUUAUGUUACAUUAUAUUCUAUAAUAGCUAUUUCAGAUGGAGUAAUAUACUUUUUUUUUUUAUAAAUUCAUCUGUUAAAGUUCUUAUAUAAAAAUGUACUGAAUUAUGAUCUCCUAAGUAAAUUUCCAAAUUAUAUUCAAGAAAUUGUGUCAUAUGUUUUGAAGGAAAAGAUACGUUUUCACAUCUUUCAAGUGAAAAUAAAAAAAUCUAUGAACGUGUAGUCACAGAGUGCUGUAAACAGUAAGAGUAAAAUAAUAGUGUAACUAAAUAUAAAAAUAAAUGUUUAGUCAAACAAU